UGCGCCUCCAGGGAGGUAUUACUACAUAUCCCAGCGUGCACUGCGCAAAGUGUACGUACGUCAUGACGUCACCGGUUACCAAGUAACUGAAGGUUGUAAGAUCUGGAUGUUCAACUGCUGCACUACCGAGAAGGUCUUGGACAUCAGCUGAGGAGACCUGCGUUCAUCCUCCAUAUAUCCACAAUGCCAGAGGUGAAGUCCAUGUUCCGGGAGGUGCUUCCUAAACAAGGGCAGCUGUGUGUUGAAGAUGUCCCAACCAUGGUGAUGUGCAAACCGAAGCUGUUACCCCUGAAAUCAGUCACCCUCACAAAGCUGGAUAAGAUGCAGCGAGAUGCCCAGGAGACAAUCAGACAGCAGGAAAUGGCUCGGAGCAGCCAGGCUGAACCCCAACCCUGACUAAUGCAGCACCAAGACAGCUGUAGUCUCCUACACGUCCCCUGCACAUUUUACAGCUGAAGUUUUAGAACUCUGCAUUGUUCUGUACGAUUUUCUAGGUUUUACAUUCAUAUUAAAGACACACAUGUCCAUUUCAUAUGUAACAGAAAGCAGGUAGAUGUAUAAUCACUAGUGUUUCCUCUAGUGUCUAUGCCAGUAAUCUCCACGCCAGCUGUUGUAAAAUUGUAUGCUAGGAGUUGUAGUUUUCAAACAGCUGGAGAUCCACGGGUUGAAGAGCGCUGAUCUGGGCCAUAGUCAUGAACUAGCAUGCUUUGGUUGUCCGCAUGGAACAAGCUUUCCUAGUCAAUGGCUUUCAUUUCAGUGAGUGCACCAAGGCCUUGUCGUAAAUUGCAUAAAUUGGUGGUACGUCCACUACGUCUAGCUUGCCAAGGGAGUGUGCCCCAAGGGGUGACAUGUGAGAUCUGAACUACAUUUAUCUUUCAGCCUGAGCCACUGCAAUACAUUUGGUACAUGUCUAGCCUGCCGUUUAAGCCAUCUACAGGUUUAGUAAAUCUGCCCCAAUAUCGUUCUGGCAGCUGGAAGAUUUAAUCACAAGUCUGAUACAGAGCUCCAAAUCUUCUGCUUCCCUUCACAUAAACGGGGAGCUGACUGGCGCCUCCACUAGGGGGAACUUACUGAAGACAGAUUUAUUAAUAUUGUGUUUGUCCCCUUAAAGGGGUUGUCUCAUCUCAGACCAUGAGGGCAUAUUGGUAGGAUAAGCCCCCAUUAGGGACCCGCACCUAUCUUCUAAACGGACUCUGGUCCGGCCACCACCAAGC